AUUAAAUUUUAAUAAUGGAUAAAUAACAAGGAUGCUUAUAUGAACGUUUUGGGGGUGAUUAAUAAGUUUCGGAGCUAAUUGAUCAAUUUUAUUAUAAAGUGCUGUUUGAUAAGCUUUUAAGAGAUAAAUUUCUGAAAGCUGAUAUGAGUAGAGUCAGAUAUCAAUAAAAGCGAUUCUUCUCAUAAAUGAUGGGAGACAAGAAAACUCAAUAUACAGGAAAGUAUGUUAUAAAAUAUGAUGUUUUAGAGAUUUAAUUGAAGUUCAUCGUAAUCUAAAUAUAACAGAUUAGCAAUUCGAUAAAUUUAAGACGCAUUUAAAAAGCAUAGCAUAAGAUAUGGAAGUGAGCGUAGAAGAUAUUGAAGACUUGUUAGAGCAUGUAGAAAGACACAGAAAUGUUGUUGUAUUUAAUAAAUGAUGCUUUAAUACAUAUAUUAAUUUUU